AUGCGUUUUGUUAUUUUGUUAAUGUUGUUUGGGUUAAUCAAUGCCCAAUAUGAUCCAGUUAUCUCAUCUUCUUGGUCAAUGUGGUCACCAUGGUCAUUUUGCUCGAAUAAUGUUAUGAUUCGAGUUCGUGCUUGUUCUACAGUUCGAGGUUAUAAAUGUCACGGACAUAAUAAGGUGAUUCCAGGUUUUACCUUUUAUUAAAAUCAAAUAUUUUUUAAGGAAUUCCAAUCAUGCAAUUCUCCACCACCUCGCCGAAACAAUCUCGAUUAUGAAGAUUUCGAAACUGCAGAUCGUGAACUAGCCAUGCGCCAACUUUAUCAAGAUUAUGAACCGGAUACACCUGAAGAAGCAACAACUAAAUCAAAUCGAAAUAUUUAUUAUAUCUCAUCAACUCAUCCAACAAGAUCAUUCCAACAAAGGCCAACGUAUCCACCAAAUAUUCCACAAUUUUCAAGAGAACAAUUUACUUUUGAAGCGGAAGCAUAUCCAAAAGAAGUUCCAACUACAACAACUACAACAACUACAACUACAACCACAGAGGAACCAACAACAACCGAAGAGCCUACAACUACAACUGAAGAAUUAACAACAACAGAAGAAGUUACGACUGAACCAGCAACAACAACAAUCACAGAAAUUCCAAGUCAUGAAACAUUCAAAGGUGGAUGGGAUGAUAUUGAAGAAGUCACUCCAGAACUAUUACCUCCAACAUCUUUCCCAAUUGAAGAAUCUGAAGAAAUUGAACCUUCUGAAUCAGUUCAUAGUUUGGGAUCUUUUGCAAUUGGAAAAGAGCCAGAAGAAAGAAUUGAACCAUUACUUCAUCCAAGUCUACCAACUUUUUCGAUUAAACCAUCUGAAGAAUCAUUGUCAGCUGAAAUUCCAGAUGAAGUUAAUACUCAUAUUGAAUUGCCUACUGAAAUGUUUAUGCCAUCUACAACAACAACAACAACAACAACAACUCAAGAACCAACAACAUCUUCAACUCAACGUCAACCAGAAUAUAUCACUGAACCAUCAGCACCAAUUUCUUAUCCAAAAAUAGCUCUGAUCACAGCUCAACAAAAUCUUCAAACCUUCCCAACUUUAAUGAAUGAACAAAGACCGUAUCCAAGAAGAAUUGUAUCACCAACAAAUAACCCAGUUUUAACAGUUGAAAUCACAAACAAACCCAUUAGACCGAAAAAGAAGAAGAUUGUCACAAGACGUCUCAAAAAAUUGAACAGAUUGUCUAAAAAACAAAAGAUGGUUGCUGUGAUUCCAACAGAUAUUGCACCAGAAUUUGAAGUUCGAAGAGCUCCUGAAGUUCCAAGUUGGGCAUCAGAAAAAGAUCGUGAGAUGAUUGAGGAAACUAAAGAACUUGAAGCUCGUCUUGCGGCUCUUCGCCAUCGAGUUGAAUUGAAUAAACAACUUCUUGCAACAAUUACACCAGUUUAUACAACAUCUACCACAACUGAACAACCAACUGUGAGUUUUUUCUAUCUUUCCAAAGAUCCUUUUUUAAAACAAAUUAAUUUCAGACCGUUCGACGAGAAACUAUUAAAUCUGGAUCUGCAAAUGUUGAAGAAGAUACAGCUCGAGCUUUAUCUUGGAUGAUAAAUGAUAUGGAAAAGCAAAUUUCCGAAGGAGGAUAUCGACUUGGAGAAACUUCUGAAGAUGAAACAACUACUACAGUAUCCCCAUUCCCAUUUCCAGUUGGUGAUGGAUUUUCAUUGAUUCGAUCUAAAAGAUCAUCUUCAGUGGAAUUCGAAGAUGAUCGAAAAAUAUUGUGGAGUAAUUGGUCCGAUUGGACGAAUUGUAAUUGUGGAAAACAAUCGAGAAAAAGAUCGUGUUUGAAAAGACUUGGAAAGAAUCAAUUAAGAAGAUACGAAGAACCACAAUUUAUUCCAAUUGGAAAUGAUAUUAAUGAAUCAAUUGAUUUUGGAGAGCCAGCUCCAUAUCCUGAUUCAGUUCCAGAACCAACAAAUCGAGUUCGAAAAUCGACGAAAUGUCCGGAACCAGAGAUUGAGACUAAACUUUGCUUCUCCUUUGAAUGCCACUUCUAA